GUCUGGAUCAACCUGUCUGAAUGGACUUUGUGCUCUUCAGCUUUUAUUCUGAAGGUCUGACCUCUGACUCAUCUCCCGGUAGCCUACAAAGCUACUGAAGUUAGCUUAGCAUGCUAGCUGGUUAGCAACACAGCUGCUAGUCAGAGUGACCGUUUGAUGGAGAGCAAACUGUGUUUCUGACGGAGUCUGAUGGAGAGCAAGUUUCUGUCAUUGUGGUAAAAUGUGUAAAGUCCAGAUGCUGAGAGCGUUGGUGAAGCAGCGACUAACUGCGGCUGCUGAAGAGAUAUGUGGGCUGUUUGAAAGAACGAUAGCAGAGUACGAGGAGGAACUCUCUCGAUCAAAAGAGGAGAACGAGCGACAACAGAAACUACUGGACGCUGUUUUACACCCUCAGCUUCAGUUACACAGAGCAGACGAACAGCAGCUGUUGGUGAGGAAAGAAGAGGUUCCCCCUGAGCAGCAGGAGUGGAGCUCCAGUCUGGACCAGGAGGACCCAGAGCCCCCACACAUUAAAGAGGAACAGGAGGAACUCUGGACCAGUCAGGAGGGAGAGCAGCUUCAAGGGCUGGACGAGGCUGAUAUCAAGUUCCCGGUCACUCCUGUCCAUGUGAAGAGUGAAGAAGAUGAUGAAGAGGAACCUCAGUCCUCACAGCUUCAUGAAAGACAACCUGAGCACAUAGAAACAGAAGCUGAUGGAGAGGACUAUGGAGGACCAGAACCAGCCAGGAUCUUGGAUCCGGAUGCACAUUUACAACUAUCAAGCAGUGAGAAGGCCUCGCAAUAUUACAAACAUGAAACUGAAGUCAGUGAUGAUUGGAAGGAGACCAGUGAACCUCAGUCAGGUUUAAACUCUCUGAAAAAUAAUGGAUAUAAUUCUGGUGAGAAACAAUUUCGCUGCUUUGAGUGCGGCAAACGCUUUAACCAAAACUCAAAUCUUAAGACACACAUGAGAACUCACACAGGAGAAAAACCAUUCAGUUGCUCAGUUUGUGGUAAAAGGUUUGGUCAGAAGGCACAUCUGCAGAACCAUUUGAAGUGUCAUACGGGAGAAAAACCUUACAGCUGUUCAUUUUGUAAUAAAUGUUUUGCCCGAAGUGAACAUUUACAGUUGCACAUGAGAACCCACACUGGAGAAAAACCCUUCAGCUGCAACAUCUGUGACAAAAGAUUCACUUGGCUCGGUCAGUUCAAAAAUCACAAGUGUGGCGGUGAAUCCUCACAGCUUCAUGAACUCUGGACCAGUCAGGAGGGAGAGCAGCUUCAAGGGCUGGAGGGGGUUCAUACCAACAAGUUCCCGUACACUCUUGUCCACGUGAAGAGUGAAGAUGAUGAAGAGACACCUCAGUCCUCACAACAACGUCUCCAAAGACAAACUGAGCAGAUGGAAGCUGGUGGAGAGAACUGUGGGGGACCAGAACCAGCCAGGAACUCAGAUCCACAUAGUCUUGAGUCACAUGGACUGGCAUGUAACUCAUUCAUUGGACAGUUCUGGUGAUGUCAUCCUGUUGUUAUUGUUGUUGUUCCACACAAGGGAAAAACAUCUGAUGCUCAGUUUCAGGUUGUGGCAAAAGAUUUGUCAGUUAGCAAUUAGCAGUUAGCAGGUUAAUUAGCAGUUAGCAGGUUAAUUAGCAGUUGGAAGGUUAGUUAGCAGGUUUAUUAAUAGGUCAGUUAACAGCUUAGUUAACAGUUAGCAGGUUAUUUAGUAGGUUGAUUAGCAGGUACAUUAGCAGGUCAGUUUGCAACAGUUAGCAGGUUGAUUAGCAAAAGAGAAAGUAAAAAAGUAGGCCUACUUCUACCACCGCCAAUACUAACAAUCCCAGUUAGAGAGGGUGAAAAGUAAAGCAAGACAGCGUUUGCCCUCGGCGAAGAUCAGAAACAUCGGUGAAUACACAGAAGAGGCCAUUUCAAAAAUAGGCGUGUUAGUCUCUCGCGUUGACAUUACCACUGUAAAGUAGAUACAUAAAGUAGAGCAUGGAUUUAAUUAUCUUACUCACGGUCACACUGGUAAAAAUAAUCGAUUCUGCCUCCAGUUGGCUGUCUACUCGUGUCGACUAUUGGGAAGUGAAGAAAAGUCCGGUUGUAAAGUGAACGACAGUCAAUGAGCCGCGGCCGUUCGGGCCGAUAGCUCGGCGCCCGGUACUGUGCUGAGGUACCGGCUUGUGCCCGUUGGGAGCACGGAGCCGGUUGUGCGUGCAUGUUAGCUAGCCAAUCGCUGCCGCCUUGCACUGCGCUCAUACGACGCUUACCACUGAUAACGAUAACCAACAUCGACGUCGUCACAGAAGUGUACACCCACCCUCCGGUCCCCCCUCCCAGGUUAACACUUGUUAGCUUUGUCAGCACUGUUGCCGUCGUUUGCACUGUUCGUGCUGUUCGCAUCAUUAGCUCCUAGCCGCCGGCUCAGCCGUCACCAUGUUGAGAGCUGUGUGGAGCCAAUCCCUCAAUGUGAUGAAGCUCUUUCACAAUGACGAAGGUUAUCUGACCCAUGUUCAACCCUUCAUUUAUCAAUUCAAACAAAGCCAGUCAACACGGGUUAAUCCCUGGUCAGAGAGAGGGGAUGAUGGUGGUAUCAUCAAUGUGUGCAAAAACGUUAAAAUGUCACAGAAUGAUGCAUGUUUUGGGGAUAAUAUGGUGUAAAUACAAAUACAGCAUUUUCACCUUUGUAAAACGUUCAACUAUGUUAUAUGUUACGUGGAGCUAUAAUGUAUGUAAAAACAUACAGAUAUAUAGUAUCUAUCAAUCAACACUCGUGAACCUUUUUCCUCUGUCUAUCUACAGCACCCAUUUAUCAUAUAUUAGACUACAAUGUGCUAUCUAAUAUGAUAAUAAAGGCUACAUUUACAAAAGGA